AUGUCUUCAUUAUACGAUUUGCCACGCACCGAAGAAGAAUCUGUAUUAUUUUUUCAAGAAAAAGGUAUUUUACCUAGUGCUCGAAUAUGUAAAAAUGGGCAUGAAAUGAAAUUAAAUAUAUCUAAAGGCGUUUGGAGAUGCACCAUAAGUAGCUGUGAUGUAAUGAUAAGCAUCCGUUCUAAUAAUUGGUUUAGCGGAUCACGGAUACCAUUUUUAACGGCGGUAAGAUUUAUUUACCAUUGGACGGAGGAAGUUACAUCUAUAAAGUGGUGUCGAAAACAUCUAAAUAUUUGCGACAAAACAACUAUAGACUGGAAUAGUUUUUUGAGGGAGGUAUGUUUUUUACAUUUGUUGAAACAACCGAACAGGCGAAUAGGCGGUCCCGGAAAAAUCGUGGAAAUCGACGAAACGCUUUUCACAAGGCGAAAAAGCAACGCUGGAUGGGUUCUUCCACAACAGUGGAUAUUCGGCGGAAUAUGCCGAAAAACUGGUGAUUGUUUUCUCGUUCCAGUUCCUAAUAGAGAAGCAACCACACUAAUGACAAAAAUCGUGGAGCACAUUGAACAAGAAUCAACAAUUUAUUCUGACUGUUGGCGAGCUUACAAGACGGAUGAAUUAGAAAGAGCAGGUUACAGUCAUUUUACUGUAAACCAUAAAUAUAAUUUCGUUGAUCCAACAACGGGUGCUCACACUCAAAACAUUGAAAGAUUGUGGGGCUCCGCUAAGUGGCGCAACAAAAAACAACGAGGCACGGCUCGCCAUCAUCUGGAGUCUUACCUUGCAGAGUUUAUGUGGAAAAAGUCAUUGGGACAAGGAAAUGCUUUUGAAAACAUAUUAAAAGCAAUCGCGGAAAUAUGGCAGCCGCAAACUAUAUGCCAGUAAUAUGGAAUUAUGUAAACGGCUAUGUAGACAUGUAAUAUACUUUAAAAUAAACGAUAAUUUAAACUAAUUUAAUUGUUUGUUAACUUUUUCUUAAAAUUAUUGCAAAGUUUUAAUUAACAACGUUGAAAUAACAAAACUAAGUUGAUAACACGUGUGUUGGUAGGUUAGCCAGCCGAGUUAAUUUGUU